AUUCAUUUUUUACAGUACGUUCACAUCUCACAAGACUCCCUGACGUUAAACACAUUCGUCUCCUCUUUGUAAAGGUCCUGGUUGUUACAUUUAACUAUGUAAACAAAGCAACGGUCUACAGGCGUUAAGUUGUUGUAAUAAAACUAGUCAACAUUGCUUUCUAAUUUUAUAUAGAUCGAGGAAAGGCUGGAAAGUGACAUGAAAUUAUUUACGUUAUUUAUAUUUGUUCUUCAUAUUAGUUUAGGUUUUAACAAAGUACAAAGAUAUAAUCCAAGUAGCGACUUUUUACUUCACGAAGCUGGUGUUCCAGCACCAGACUUUAAAAAUAACUAUGCAUCCCAAUUUCCCAGUUUACCAUCAGCAAAACCUUCUGUACCUACCAGUCCUACAAAUAAUUUAGUGACUACCGCAAAACCACAACAAACUGGUAAAAGAGACUAUGUAGCAACGCAAAUAUCCACCAAAAAUCCAGCGACGGCAGUAACGACACCCAAGACACAACUAAGCACCGCGGUUACCCCAAAUCCAUCCAGACGAGACUAUGUAGCGCCGCAAUUCCCUACUGCCAAACCACUCACAACCCAAAAACAGUACUCUAAUUCACCUACUGUGGUGACACAAAAAACACCUUCUCCAAAAAGAGAUUAUGUUGCACCAAAUUUACCCAAAGACAAUCGUCAAACACCUGGAAAGGUAAAGGACCUUAUAAACUUUUAUGACAGUAAAUCACAGGGCGUCUCCACACCAACUAGGAGUCCCAGUUACAGUUCAGUUUUAGGAGGAAAGGGAACCCAAUCCACAAUAGCAACAAAUCCCACGCCAAAGCCUAUGAGUUUUAGUUCUGUAGUAUCAGGACCGAAGAAACCGAGUACUGGACCAUCGAGUUCGGCCUCUUUAACCCCGACUAACCCAUCUAAACCAGCGCCCACAAAUUUGCCAACAAAUGUCGUUUUACCUAGCUCGUUAUCUAACAACCAAGGCCCUAAUUCGAAUAGCCUAACCGAUGUAGAGUUACAAAAUGUUAGCGAAGAAUUAUUGCGAAAAGAUGUUAAUAAUGCAGCAAAGUACAUUACGAUCUCGUAUCAGGAGAAGACCACGUCCAUGUCAAAAGAUGAUAAAUCUCCUUUGCCAUUACUCACCAUUACACCUGACGCGUGGAAAAUAUCGACGAUAGAGAAAUUUAUACCGCUAUUAGAUAAUUACGAAAGAGAUACCCUUGUCAAUGAAUAUGUUACACCGCAGGAACGAAACGAAGAAAACGCUUUUAUGGAUGCUAUUAUGACCACGAGUGUUAUUCGGCAUCUAAUGACCUUCUUGAAGGACAAAGGUUAUGUUUCGCCCGAUCCAAAGCUGCAAAGAGAUUUUCUAAAACAGAUAUGGUUUGGAUUAUAUUCAAGAGGUAAAGGUAAAAUCAGCAGUUCAGGAUUCGAACAUAUUUUUGUUUCUGAACUUAAAAAUGGAGAAGUGUCAGGACUCCACAAUUGGAUAUACUUUUCAAGAGAGGAAGUGGCAAACCGUGUUAACUAUCUAGGUUACUUGAAAAAUCUUCAAUUAAGUGAUAAGGGAGCCAUUAUUAAAAUGCAUUUCAAUCAACAAGGGGUUGAUAAACCUGUGGAUACAAUGUUUAUUGGCACUUCGCCUGAAUUAGAAAUGGCGUUGUAUACUCUGUGCUACGUCACAAGAGUCGAUAAAGAUUGCAAUCUUAAAUUGGGAACAAAAGAUGUGAAUAUAGUAACUCAUAACUACAGAUACCGUAGUAAGAAUUACAUUGGAAGUGCUUACCCUCAAAUAUAAGUUGAUUAUAGAUCAAAUUUUUAUGAUAGAAUAAAAUUAUUAACUAUUUU